GGCUGGACUACGGCGAUGGGUGACGCAUGCGUAAACAUAGCAUUAACGAGAGAGAGAGAGAGUGAGGAAGAAAAUUGGAAUUAGAUUAACGGAAUCCUCGAAAGUGGAAGUUAAGAUCGUAGAGUGCAUCUCGCCGGUCUGUUCCUGUUCCGUAGUGCGUGUUUGAGUGCGAGUUCCGACAAAAGCUUGGGAAAACGUGGCAAGCAGAUUGGAGAAAAAAAAAACAUUAAAAACAAAAGACUCGAAGGGAGGAAAUAAAAAAAUUAAUUAAAAGGUUGUGAAUAAACAACCGUGCGUUUUUUCUCGGGUGCCAGCGUUCAAAAAUAAAAAGAGUCCUGUUCGAGAAAAGCACGUCGUUGGACAGAGGGAAGAAGUAAGGGGAAAAGAAAUUAACGAAAGAAAGAAAACGAAAUACUGCCGCCCGCCAUCGCAUCAUCGACGCAGUACCGUACCACAGUUGGGCCGUUUCGUCGUCGUUGCUUUUUCCCCCCAUCGCUACCAUCGCCGCCAUUGUAUCUCCGUAAAUGCGCGCGCGCGUGCGUAUGCAUGUAUGCGCUGCGGUGUGUCCGUGCGUAUGAGUGGAUUCUUCUUCGCUGUCGUCGGGGCGGCAGUGUGUCAGUGUAGUGUUCGUACGUGUGAGUGUAGGUCUCGUUGGUAAACGAGACUCUCGAUUGAAACGUCGAUUUCGCGGUGUGCGCUAAGGAGAACGAGAGUGAAGACGAAAAGUUUUCCGUGGACACAUUGAAGCCCGGAGGAUGGCGAAGCCCGAGCAGGUUUUGGUUAUCGAGCCACAGAACGAGCUGCGGUUCAGGGGUCCUUUCACAGGUGCUCCUGUUACAUCUUUCAUUAACCUUACAAAUCCUUCGAUUAACAGAGUCUAUUUCAAAAUAAAGACAACUGCCCCAAAGAGGUAUUGUGUCAGGCCCAAUAGCGGCGUGCUCAAGCCAAAACAAUCGACUCAAAUAGCAGUAUGCUUGCAACCGUACGAGUUUGAUCCGGCGGAAAAGAACAAACACAAAUUCAUGGUUCAAACAGUUAUAGCACCAGAGGGUGACGAUUCUGAUAAUUUCAACAAUGUGUGGAAGGAUACGAAUCCAAGUGAAAUGAUGGAGCAUAAACUCAAAUGCAUUUUCGAAAAUCCUGUGAGCAGUAAUACUACGGCAAAACUGACAGCUGCACCGACACCUGCGAAAACCGAUCCCGGGACUAAUGGCAAAAAUAAAGCGACCGGGGAUAGCUCGAAGACAGCUUUCAAGGGAACCGACGAUACGGAAGAGAAGUUGAAGAAAGCUGCACAAGAAGUUUAUCAGUUGAGGGUAGAGGAUAGCCAACUGAGGCAAGAGUAUCUUCAACUCAAGGAAGAGAUGCUGAAAUGGCGAACUGCCGCAAUAGACAAGGGCGUAAACAUGUCCUCGAGCACGCGUCUCACGUCGCCUAAUCCCACUGAUCGGAGCGGUACUCGUGUAUUACCGAUGACAUCAACGAGCGUAGUACUGGCCGUUGUGAUGGUCGUUGUUGGUUAUCUUCUCGGAAAACUCAUCUGAGCGAUGAAAUGUGAAAAAUAACAGCAACAACAACAACAACAACAACAACAACAACAACAACAACAACAACUGGACGAAGAAGAGGCUGAAAACAUCCCUCUUCCUCGACGCUUAUGAAUUCCCUUCAGCCACCCUUACUUUAUUCCCCUCGUUCGUUAUUUUGAGCCUUUUUGCCAUGACGUUGAACUUGAAAUUAUAAUUUCCAAUUUGUGCGAAAAUGGCUUCAUUUCUUUUUUGAUCGGUAAUCACUUUCCUCUUAAUUAUCCUUACGUGUUCCGUAUUUUCUUCUUCCUCUCGUUAAUAAUUGUGCAUAAUAAAUAAUGUUAUUAACGUU